CAAUGUUAGAAGCUGAAAGAAAAUAAGGAUAAUUUCCUAUGUUGGAGAUGUCUCACUUACUCUAUGGUGGGAAAGAAUAGUUUGAUAAGUUUAUUGAGAGAUAAAGCUUCUUUGAUAAUCAUCCUAUGUUUAAAGUUAAUCACGAUUUCUUUAAUUUGUCAAGAUAGGAUCAAGUUUAUUUGUUUUUAUAUAAUUAAGAUUCUAUUAAAUGCAGAAAAAACAGUUGAAGCAAUGAAGAAAAUUUCUUUGGAAGAUCCAAAUUACUACACACCAAAUGUAUUGUGUCCUUAAGGUAUAUUCAUAUCAACAGUUCAUUUUGCAAUGGUGAUACCUGCCUUUUAAGUUUUGGCAUCUGAUGAAUAGAUUAAAAAAUGGAUGACUUCACUUAAGAAUUUUAGUGCAUUUGGAUGUUAUGCUUAAACAGAAUUAGGUCAUGGUUCUGAUGUAUAGAAUUUAUAGACAGUAGCAGUUUUUGAUAAAUAAACUUGUGAAUUUGUCAUUCAUACUCCAAAUAUAGAAGCAACAAAAUGUAUUUGUAAUUUAUUAAGACUAGUUUGGCCAGGAGAAUUAGGACUAUAUUGCGAAUUUGCUUUAGUAUUUGCUUAAUUAAUUGUUGAUGGAAAAGGAUAUGGAGUACAUCCAUUCUGGAUUAGAAUAAGAGACAAGGAGACUCACAAACCAUUAUCAGGAAUUCAGAUUGGAGAUAUUGGUCCCAAAAUGGGUUAUGCAGUUAAAGAUAAUGGAUUCAUGAGUUUUGAUCAUUAUAGAGUUCCUUUAGAUAGUUUAUUAAAUAGGUAUAUCAAAGUUAACAGAGAAGGCAAAGUAGAAAGACAAGGUAAUCCUAAAGUAGGUUAUGGAAGUAUGAUGUAUAUGAGAAACAUUUUAUGUGAUCAAUAUACAAAAUUUGCUGGUAGAGCUUUGGCAAUUGCUAUUCGAUAUUCUUUAUAUAGAAAAUAAUUUAAAGAUGAUAAUAAAUAAGAAAUCAGAAUUUUAGAUUAUUAAUGUUAAUAAUAGAAAUUAUUCCCAUUAUUAGCAGAAUUUUAUGCUUGUGUUUUUGGAAGUGUGAAGAUCAAGGAAUUAGUAAAUGACAAUUUUAAUAAAAUUUCUCGAAACAAUGAUUUCAGUUUACUCGGAUUGACUCAUGCAGUAUUGAGUGGAGCUAAAGCUAACUAUACAUAUUUUGUAGCAAAUUGUGCAGAAUGGUGUAGGUUGAGUUGUGGAGGACAUGGAUUUGCUCAUUAUUCUGGACUACCUAUUAUUUUCUUUGAAAUGUCUCCAAAUGUAUCCAAUAUAUAUAUAAUAAAUAGAUUACUUUAGAAGGAGAGAAUACAAUCUUAAAUUUACAAUUAGCCAGAUACUUACUUAAAUAAUUGUAACACAUUGUUUCAAAACCAACUGCAGUUCCUUCAUUUUUUAAGUUUCUAUCUAUCGAAACAGCAAAAGUAGAUGAUGUCACCUCUCUAGACGGUUUGGUUACACUUUUAGGAUUGAAUUGUGCUAAUUUGACUAAAUAUGCAGCCUAAAAAUUGAUGUCUAAUCCUGAUUUAAAAGAAAGUUGGGAUACUAAAUCUGGAAUCGCUUUAGCUAAAGCUGCAUCCACAUUCAUUCCUUAUUUCAAUAUGCUUUGUUUCGUAGAUACUAUUAACAACAAGGCUAAAGACACUAAACAAAUUUUAACUGUUUUAGCUAGAAUCUAUGGCAUCACUAUGUUGUUGAAUAACAUGUAAGGAUUACUAUUAAGUAAAUAUAUUUAUCCAAGAAAUAGAAAAUUAACUUAGUAGUCAAGACAUAACAACCCUUUAAGACACAAGAGAACAACUCUACCCCAUCAUCAGAUUAAAUGCUUUAUGUUUAGUCGAAGCUCAAGGAUUGACUGAUAAUUCCUUAUAAAGCUUGAUAGCACCUAAAGAAGGUGAUGUUUAUGUCAACAUGUACAACUUUGCUUCAAAGGAGAAUUCAUUAAAUAAACAAUAAGUACACAGCGGGAUCAAUUAUAUCUAAAAAAUGAGAGAAGUAAAUGCUAAAUUAUGAUUUCUAACAU